AUGCCAUUGAGGGAUUUAAUCUGCUGGAACAUCAUGUUAAAUGCAUAUUCUCACAAGGAAAGCACAAAGGAGACAGUUGAAAUGUUCAAUUCCAUGCCUGCACACGAUGUAAUUUCGUGGACUACUAUGGUAUUUACAUAUGCUUCUUCUGGGCAAAUUAGUUUAGCAAAAAAAAUGUUUGAUGCAAUGCCAGAAUGGGAUGCUGUGUGUUGGGCUACAAUGUUGUCUGCAUUGGCACAAUUCUUGAAAUUUACCGAAGUUCAAAAUAUGAUUCAAGAUGUUCCUCUGCAAGAUUUAUUUGCAAGAAAUGCAGUUCUUUUAGCACUUGCCCAAAUGGGGCAUUUUGUUUGUGCCGAACAAAUGUUUCAGAAAAUGGAAAAGCGGGACAUUGUGUCAUGGAACACGAUGCUUAAGGUGUAUUCCGGUGCUGGAGAGCUUCACAAAAGCAAGCGUGCUUUUGAUACCAUGCCACAGCACAACUUGGUCUCGCUGAAUUCCCUGCUCUCUCUAUAUUCUCUCCACGGGCAUGUAGAACUUGCGAAAGAAGUCUUCAGCUCCUUACCGCAGCAAAGCUUGAUGUCGUUUACAACCAUGAUAAAUCUCUACGCCCAUCUUGGAGACAUUGACAAUGCCAAGGUGUUGUUUGAUCAGAUGCCUGUUCAUGACUCUGUUGCAUCAAAUGCAAUGUUGUGUGCUUAUGUCCAAAACAACAAUCUUCUUAAAGCCAGGGAAAUUUUUAACAGCAUGGCCUAUAGAGAUUUUGCAUCAUGGACAACCCUCAUGUCGGCAUACUCUCAAGAUGGCAAUGUUCUCGAAGCUAGGCAUCUGAUGUCUCAGAUCCCAUGCUUCAACAUAGUGGUUUGCAAUGUAAUAUUAUCUUUUGAUUUGUUAGAAAAAUCAAAACAUCUGUUUGAUACCAUGCCGCAGAGGGACAUAGUGACGUGGACGACUAUGAUCAGCAGAUAUGCCCAGGCUGGGCAUAUCAACGUUGCCAACUUUCUCUUUGAGACAACACCUCAACACAAUCUAGUGACAUGGAAUGUCUUGCUAGAAGCUUAUUACUCACAAGGCUCCGUUGUUCAUAUUGGAAAUCUGUUUUCUAGAAUGCCUAUAAAGGAUCUUGUGUCCUGGAAUCUUGUCUUGACAGCAUAUGCCUCAUUUGGGCAUUUGCGAGAUGCUUUCGGCAUUUUUGCCGGGAUGCCCAGAAAGGAUCUGGUAUCCUGGACAGCCAUGCUGGCAGCAUAUUCUAACAACGGCAGCCCGGACGAUGCCUUCUACGCAUUUAACCUCUUGGUUUUCGAGGGGCAUCUUCCGGACGAGGCAUGCUUCACGUCCUACUUAGCCGCGUGCGUUAAUCUUGGCGACGUAAAUCGUGCCAGAUCUUGCCUCGCGUCUCUCACAAGUGAUUACAGCCUAACACCUUUGAAGCUCCACUUCUCAUGCAUCAUUGGAGUGCUAUGCCGGACUUUCAAUUUCGCAAAGUCCCUGGAGCUAAUGGAAGCCAUGCCUUUCGUGCCCGAUGUUUUAGACUGGACGUGCUUGCUUGGAACAUCAACUAGCUACACGAAUAAUCUGUUAAAAAGGUGA